CAAGACUUUAUGCGUGAUCACAGACCGCAAAAUCUCAAGGGCGUCUUUGAACGCUUGUACCGAGAUGCGACCGAACGGCCUGAGCGACUGUCCAGUCUACAAGAAAAGUGGCGAGACAUGUUCGUCAAGGGCAUCUCUAGCUUUUUGCAGCAUGCGAAAAGACAAAACGAAACAGCUCAGCAAAAAACGAUGUCAGUAAAAAACAUGACCUUGCAAUCCCCCCGUGCUGUUGUUCGUGUCUUUUCACCGCCGAAGCAGUUGUUCAAAUUUAUCCUGGCACCUGUGGAUCAUGUCGUGGAGGAUCAGACUGAAAAUAGAACGACGGGCAGUCCAGUGGGUGAAGCGAAGAAAAAGCUGCUUUUCGGCGAUCCAAACGCAGCAGCAGCUUCUUCAGGCUCCGA